AUGGCAACGUUUAUUUCUGUCCCGUUAAAGAAAUCGUCUGAGGUGGAUCUAGUUAAGCCGCUGUCCAAGUUCGUGUCGUCCACAUAUCAAGGCUCCGAGGAGCAGGGGGAAUAUCUGCGCGCAGUGGAAGAGCUCAACAAGCUCCGCAAGAGCGCUUUGGGAAGGCCGCUGGACAAACACGACAGCUCACUGGAGAUACUGCUGAGGUAUUACGACCAGCUGUGUUCUGUUGAACCCAAGUUCCCUUUUGCUGAAAACCAGCUUUGCUUAACCUUCACAUGGAAGGAUGCCUUUGAUAAAGGAUCUCUAUUUGGUGGCUCAGUCAAACUUGCUCUGGCUAGUUUGGGCUAUGAAAAAACAUGUGUGCUGUUUAACUCUGCUGCUCUGGCAAGUCAGAUUGCGGCAGAGCAAAAUUUGGACAGCGAUGAGGGGCUGAAAGCUGCUGCAAAAUACUAUCAGCUGGCCAGUGGAGCGUUUGGUCACAUAAAAGACACAGUGUUGUCUGCUUUGAACCGGGAACCCACCAUGGACAUUUCCCCUGAGACUGUGGGUACUCUGAGUCUUAUUAUGUUGGCUCAGGCGCAGGAGGUCUUCUUUCUCAAAGCUACUUCAGAUAAAAUGAGGGAUGGUGUCAUUGCGAAACUGGCCAACCAGGCGGCAGACUUCUAUGGAGAUGCUUUCAAGCAGUGCCAGUACAAAGACAACCUCCCCAAGUAUUUUUAUUUUCAGGAAGUGCUCCCGGUUAUGGCAGCCAAGCACUGUAUCAUGCAGGCCAACGCCGAGCUUCACCAGAGCAUGGUGGCCAAACAGAAGAAACACUUUGGGGAGGAGAUUGCCCGUCUGCAGCACGCAGCAGAACUUGUAAAAACAGUAGCAUCUCGUUAUGAUGAAUAUGUGAGCGUCAAAGACUUGGGGGAGAAGAUCAAUCGAGCCCUCACACUCGCAAAAAAAGACAAUGACUUUAUCUACAACGAGCGGGUGCCUGAGGUCAAAGAUCUGGAACACAUCGGCAAAGCUGCACUGGCCAAAUCCACCACCAUCACUCCUCCAAUCAGUCAGAAGUUUUCAGAUUUGUUUGAGAAGAUGGUUCCCAUGGCAGUGCAACAGUCCACAAUCAUUUACAACCAGAGGAAGGCUGAGACUGUGAACAGACUGGUGGGAACAAUGAGGGAGGCGACCAACCUCUGCAAUGGUGUUUUGGCCUCUCUCAACCUGCCUGCUGCACUGGAGGACCUCUCUGGAGACUCAAUCCCACAGUCCAUACUUGAGAAGUCUCAUGCCAUCAUUCAGCAAGGAGGGCUUCAAAGCAUUGAGCAGCUGAUCAAUGACCUGCCUGGACUGCUCACUUGUAACAGAGAAAUACUGGAUGAGUCACUGAAAAUGUUGAAUGAUGAAGAAACUACAGACAAUGAGCUGCGAAGCAAAUUCAACCAGCGAUGGAACAGGACCCCAUCUGGAGACCUCUACAAGCCCCUUCGUGCCGAGGGUGCUAACUUCCGCAAUAUCUUAGACAAAGCAGUGCAGGCAGACCAGGUGGUACGAGACCGCUACAAUACCCACUGUGAGAUGAUUUCUCUGCUGUGUAAACCAGAAAAUGAGUUGACUGCUGCCAUCCCCUCUGCAAACCCCACCAAGACCCUCCAAGGAAGUGAGGUAGUGGGUGUGCUGCAGUCCCUGCUGGCGCAGCUUGAUGAGGUGAAGCGAGAGAGGGAGUCCCUGGAGGGAGAAAUCAAGGCUGUCACCUUUGACAUGUCUGUCACGUUCCUGACAGCACUGGCUCAAGAUGGCGUCAUCAACGAGGAGCCGCUCUCACUGUCUCAGCUCGAGCAGCUGUACGGCUCCUACAACCAGAGAGUGCAGGCCAGCCUCAGGAGGCAGGAGGAGCUGCUGGGCCAAGUGCAGACAUCACACCAGGAGUUCAGUAACCUGAAGCAGUCAAACUCUGAGGCCAACCAGAGGGAGGAAGUGCUGAAAAAGCUGGCCUCCGCUCACGACAGCUACAUCGAGAUCAGCAGUAACCUGCGUGAAGGCACCAAGUUUUACAACGACUUGACAGAAAUUCUACUGAAGUUCCAGAACAAGUGCAGCGACAUUGUUUUCGCUCGCAAAACUGAGCGUGAUGAACUUCUUAAAGAUUUGCAGCAAAGCAUUGCACGUGAGCCCAGCGCUCCAUCCUUUAAUGUACCUGCAUAUCAGAGCACUCCUGCUGCCCCCGCCGCUGGACCCACACCUGCUCCCAGGACUGUGUUUCAGCCGCAGGAGCCUCCAGCUAAAGCCGCUCCUCCAGCCAGACCCCCUCCUCCCGCAGUCACGCCCCAUGCAGCGUCGGGACCCCCCACUGUCCCAUCGACCAACAACCCUCCACCUGUGGCUCCUCCCACCCAGGCACAAGGGCCGCCAUACCCAUCCUACCAGGGUUAUCCCGGAUACUACCAGAUGCCGAUGGGUUACAACCCCUACGCUGCCUAUGGACAGUACUACAUGCCCCAGUACCAGGGCCCUCCAGGGCAAGGAUACCCGGGAGCGCCUCCUAGUGGACAGCCAUACCCUGGUUACCCCCAACAGCCCCCCCAGCAGCAGCCCUUCUAUCCCCAACAGUAA